GCUUAAUCUAAUGGCCUAUUCCAGAAAGCAUGCAUCCCCUGCCCUGUGGAAAUGGAAGCCGUUUUGGGACUUAAGGGGGUGGGGUGGUAAUUUACAGUCAGUCAACGGGAACAUGGUUUGUCUAUAGAGGAGAAGUGGGAAGUAUUUUGAUUCUUUUUAUUUGUAUAGUGUGCAAGCAAGGAGGGGUAUUUAACAGAUUUUCAGGACGGGGGAGGUUCUUUGGACGGACCCAUGCAGUUGGAUGGGGGGUGGUAAUUUUGAGUAACUUAAUUAGAUGUAUUGUCUUUAGCAAAUCAUCACGGAAACCAUGAACGCCUCGCUCGGUAUUCGAACCUACUUUGAGGUCUUGUGUAUUCUAUCUAUUAAGCAUAGCCGGGGAUGCGCAUGUAGCGUUCUGUAUGAAAAUCAAUAUAUAUAUAUAGUCUUGUGCAGUGCAAUUCCUUUCGAUGUUAGGAAUUCUACUGCUGGCAGUCCGAACCAUAAUUCAGUCUCACCAGUUAUUACAGUCCACGGGUAAAUGUCUAUGAUACAGUAAUUCCGUGAUAGGAUAUAUUUUGAUUGAGUCUGUUAAUUAUUGAGCACCUUGCUAUCAUUUUUGCAGAUAACAAGAAGGAGUUGGAAAGUGGUCUGCACGCUAGGUCAAGAUCUUCCUCCAACAGAAAAAGUACAGAUUCAUCAACCAUAAUGCCUGCUGAAUCUGGAUCAACAAGAAAGAAACAAUGUGAUUUACCCAAGCCAAAAACUUCAAAAGGAACUGCAGCAAAAUCUGUACAACUCGGAAAGCGCAAGUAUGGAGCUAGUCCCUCAUCAGGGUGUGAAGAAACACUUACUGCAACCAUUAUUGAUGCCACCAUCCAGGAUUUUUUUAAAAAUACACCGACAGAUACAAGCACACCAACAAAGACUCCUGAGCCAGCUUGUAUGCUACCAAAGACUCCUGAGCCAGCUUGUGUGCCACCAAAGACUCCUGAGCCAGCUUGUGUGCCACCAAAGACUCCUGAGCCAGCUGAGACACCUGGACACUAUAAGAGGUACCAGACACCAAAGUAUGUUGAAACCAGCAGCAGUGAUGAUGACACAGAUGAUGAUGUUGUUUUAACACCUCUUGUUAAUGUGCCAGCUGUUAAGGUACCGCGACAACUGCAUAAAGAUGCAUCACCAUGCAGACGGGAGGAGUGCAUAAAUGUGAAAAGAGAAUUAGCACAGCUCAGAGAACAAGUAGGAUCACUGGAGGCAAAGAACAGAAAGCUCAUGAGAAUUAAUAAGGACUUGGAAUCAAAAUGUGAAACAUUUAAUGACUCGGAAUUACACCAGCAAUCAUCUUGUGAAAUCCUUGACGCUAUCAAUCAGUUAAGACCUGGGGUAGUAACCGAUCGAAAUGCUGCUAGAGAACACAAGAUGGUAGAGCUGGUACGAGGUUCAUACGUAUUUCUUUAUGAAAACCAACUGAAGCUGGCAAAUGAGUCAUCAAAAUCUAUGUCAGCACUGGCACGACAUCUAGUGGAUAUUUUCUUUAGUUUGGAUAUCCAGAAGACGUCAAACCUAUCCGGUUCUAAUGGGUUGAAGGCCUUGGACAAAACGAUUGUUGAUGCCAUCGUAGCUUACAGUGUAUCAUGUGAGCAGUUCAAGAGGCAGUCUCCAGCAGAGAUAAGGCAAUCUUUACGAAAUAAACUUGGUUGUCUAAGGGCUCCUUCCAGAACAAAAGACUGAAAAUUAUAUUUGCUCUGUUCACCUUAUUGUUAUACUGUAUAGCAGGUUAAUUCUGCAGGCAAAAAAAUCAGCAGUUUUGUCCUAAAAUGGGCCUUUUUUAUUUCUGCGUUUUUUUUUAUUUCUACAACCUUCGAGAAAAGCAGAAAAUAAUGUUUGCGGUUUGCAUUUAACGGAAGUAAAUUCUGUGCGUGGGAAAUAGCUACCGUAUUUACUAUGUCAAAAUUAACGACUCAAAUUGAUGCACAUUGUUCUCGUCAGUUAUGUCUUUGUGUCAUUAUCUAGGUUCGAAGAAAGGACAGUAAAGUUGGCACAGCUGAUUCAUGUUUAAAUCUGAUUUCUUUUCAUUACCGUGCAUGAUCAAAAAUCAAAUUUAAAAAUAGAUACUGUAUGUCUAAUACCAGUAAUUCAAUUUAAAAGACAUCUCAGAAAAUAGAAAAAUUUACAAUAUAUUUACAAAUAUAUACAAAUGCAAAAUCUAGUACAUAGUUUCACAGUCCAUUCAGUUACAACACACAUUAAUUAGUUUGUUUGACUUUUCAUAAACCCAGAGUGUUUUGUAAUAUACACUUGUAAAGAUUACACGCCCGAAAGGCUAACCAUUCAUUCGUGGGCAAUAUAUUGAUACAAUAACAAAAGCAGUCAACCACAGAUAAAGAUAACGGGUCAUUAUAUUAGUUGAAAUAUCAAAAGUUUAUUUUCGCUUAAAAAAUUCUGCUGAUAGUUUAAAUGUGCGGAAUUUAUUUCUGAGGGACAGCCUCGACCCUCAGAAAUAAAACCCGCAGAAUUAAUCCGCUAUACGGUAGUUUGUUGCAGUAUUCAUUGACAGUGGCUUUUUCUUCCACAUUUAUGUACAGUUUGGUGUUCAUUUUAAUGCAUUUGUGAAAUCAUACUGGCCUCAUGAUGUUGGGCACAGCUGCUUGGCCAAUUUGAUUUUCUAAAUGCAUCAAAAUAUACACUAACCUAGUUGUUAAUUAAUUGUUGAAAUUAUAGUUUUGUUUAUCAGAAUUAUUGAAAUGUUAUCUCAUGUGGCAAUUAGUAUUCUUAUAUGAUAUCAGUAUUUGUAGGUUAUUAAGGUUAGUGUUAUGGUGAUGCAUUAAUGAAAUUAACUUGGCCUAGUGGCAGCCCAGCAAAACAGUUAAUUAUUUUUUUUUUCUGCACCUGUCAGUUUUUAUAUUAAUGAGUUGAUGAAACAUUUACUCAUUUUCAGUUAUCAAUAAUUAGUCUUUUUCAACAUUUAUGUAGAUCUUUGAGUUAAUUUUUAGCUCAACUAUUCGAAGAAUGGGGAGCUAUCCUACUCGCCCCAGUGUCGGUGUGACUGUGAGCGUUGGCACGAGCGUCACACAAAUGUUAAAAGUUGCGUACCACCCCAAAUAUUUUCAAAAUCCAUUGAGAUAUUGCUUUCAUAUUUUGCAUACUUGUUUACCAUCAUGACCCCAGUCUGUAAAAAAGGAGGAGGCAACUCUUAUCAAGCAUUUUGAUUGAAUUAUGGUCCCUUUUAGACAUAGAAUAUGCUUAUUAUAAUGUUACAGUUUUACUCGUUGCUUAUAUUAUACUAUCAAGCACUGAGAAUAGUCGAGCACGCUGUCCACUGACAGCUCUUGUUUGUUACAUGUAAUAUUUGUUUUAUGUACAUAGACAAAAAAGAAGCAAAUACAAUUUAAGGAGUCUUUCUUUAGUUUAAGUCCCAUUCCUCUUAAUUUACAUUACUAUUAUCUGUGCAUGUAUCUGUAUAAAAACAGUGUACCAGUCAUCUGGUUUUUGUUCAUUUUUGUUUGAUUUUUUAACUUGGAGUUUGUACAUCUAGUCCCAGUUGUUGAUUUUUAUUUACAUUUUUUAAUCAGUGCCUUUCAUUACUAGUCAUUUUAUUAACUUUUAUUAUUUUCAGUAUUAAUUUACAUUUAAUUGUUGUAACAUUAAGUUUAAAUAACAGAUCUCUUGAAAUCUCGCCUCAUUUUUAACAGUUUACAGGAUCUCAUUUUUAGUAAGUGCCAUUUGAAACUACGGGUAAUAAUUAUUGUUGCUGUUGUUGUUGUUGUUGUUAAUUCACUUAAAAAUUGAAUAUGAUCCUCUAUUUUGACAAAUAUAGAGUAUUUAAAAUGUUCUAAAAUGUCAUUUCAUUGACUAACAGUUUUUUUUUUGUUUUAAUUCCCUGUUCUUUCAGUACAGAAACAUUGUCAGGGCAAUUGUUGUAUGAAGCAUCAGUCAAAAUGCACAUAAUUUUUGACCACUGUUGUAGAAAGGAUGUCAUCCUGAAAAUGGUUUGAAACUGAGUUUAUCCUUGAAUGUAUAUGGUGAAUAGCAACAACUUCCUUAAGCUUAGAUAUUUGAGUAUUAUCACAAUUUUAUUUUUGUAGCAAUUAAAUAAACAUUUUAUGUACUUUUUGAUGUAUUAUAUCAUUAAAGUUGAGAAUUUGAA